AGUGCGCAUGAGUGAAGGCACAUCCCGGAAGCGGUCAGCAACGGGAACUACCGAGGGACAGAAAAGCUGGCGGGAGCGGGGUGUGCCUGGGCUGUGAGGCCACGAUGGAGGACGACGCGCCGGUGAUUUACGGGCUGGAGUUCCAGGCACGAGCUUUAACACCUCAGACAGCAGAAACGGAUGCAAUAAGAUUUUUGGUUGGGACUCAGUCUCUUAGAUAUGAUAAUCAGAUACACAUCAUAGACUUUGAUGAUGAAAAUAACAUUAUAAACAAAAAUGUUCUCCUUCAUCAAGUGGGUGAAAUUUGGCACAUUAGUACCAGUCCUGCAGAUAAAGGUGUACUAGCGACCUGCUAUAAUAAAACUUCAGACAGUAAAGUCAUGACAUGUGCUGCUGUUUGGAGGAUGCCGAAGGAAUUGGAAUCAGGCAGUCAUGAAUCCCCUGAUGAUUCAUCAAGCAACGCUCAAACCCUGGAGCUACUCUGUCACCUUGACAACACAGCCCAUGGCAAUAUGGCCUGUGUUAUGUGGGAACCAAUGGGAGACGGUAAAAAGAUUAUUUCCCUGGCUGAUAAUAACAUCUUGUUGUGGGAUUUGCAGGAAAGUUCAAACAAAGCUGUGCUUUCUAGUUCUACAACCUUGGAAGGGAAAGGGCAGUUAAAAUUUACUUCUGGAAGAUGGAGUCCACACCACAACUGUACACAGAUUGCAACAGCCAAUGAUACCACUGUUCGAGGAUGGGACACACGAAGCAUGAGACAGAUAUAUUGCAUAGAAAAUGCACAUGGACAGCUGGUACGAGACCUAGACUUUAAUCCCAAUAAACAGUACUACCUGGCUAGCUGUGGAGAUGACUGCAAGGUGAAAUUCUGGGACACAAGAAAUGUCACUGAACCAGUGAAGACACUAGAGGAGCAUUCCCACUGGGUCUGGAAUGUCAGAUACAAUCAUUCUCAUGAUCAGCUGAUCCUCACAGGAAGCAGUGAUAGCAGAGUUAUCCUAUCUAAUAUGGUAUCAAUUUCCUCUGAACCGUUUGGGCAUAUGGUAGAUGAUGAAGAACUAAGUGACCAGGAGGACCAGCAUCAAGAAGAGAAGAUUAAAGAACCCCUUCAGGACAGUGUAAUAGCUACCUAUGAAGAACAUGAAGAUAGUGUAUAUGCAGUUGAAUGGUCCUCAGCUGACCCAUGGCUAUUUGCCUCUUUAAGUUAUGAUGGGAGACUUGUUAUUAACAGGGUUCCUAGAGCUCUUAAAUAUCACAUACUGUUGUAAUUUGUUUAGUUUAUGGUAGAGUUGUUAUCUUAAUGUACACUAUUGACAGGUAUUUUUUUUUCAGGAUCGGUUUUAAUUAAGUAUAAAUAUUAAAAUUUUGUUAAAAUAUCUGAACUUAUAUAAAUGUUUUUAAUUUGCCUUUUGUAUUUGCCUUGGAAGACUGAUGCAUUUUCUGAAGGUCAUGUUAGUUAUUUGGGCUGGUUUUUUUUUUUAGGGUGUGUGAAUUAUAAAAUUUCUGGAGAUACUGGAUACUUCCCAUACUGUUGCUUUAUUACUUAAGCUUUAUGCAAAUAUAGUGGAUGACAGAGGUGUUAUUAUGCUGGCAUAAAACUGGGACAAUGUAGAUUGUAUGUAGCAGAAAUUAUCUGCUUGUUUACAAGGAUAUUUUAUCUUUCUGAUAUAAGCAGCCUUCUGCUCUUAGCUAGAGCUACAUUCUGCUUACUAUUCUGGUCAUUCUUCAGUGUUUACAGAUACAGUUGGGAAUGGCUUUAAAAGGCUUUCUUAAUUCCAUCUGAUAUUUUAAACAAUUUUUCUCCUGUUUUCAUAUCCUAAGAAGAAAUGUUAAUUGUGAAGGUAAAAUCUUAAAAAUAUAUUUUUCAUUUAAGCCUUAUGGUAGCAUCAACAACCAUCCUUUAAUUUGUAAACUAAAUGCAAUUUUGAGCUCCAUGUUGUUGUACUAGUCUUUAGGAAAAUGUCUUAUAUUCCCAUGUUACAUAUUACCCCCUGUUUCUAUAAUUCAGUUGUGCUGUGGUAUUUCUUGAGCUAUGCCAUUGUUAAUAUGAAAAAUGUCUUUUAAUAUUUGUAAUUAGUCGCUCUUUCUUAUCCUUUUGUCACUGUGCCAUUGUGCACUGUGCUGACAUGAUAAGCUUUCAACUGAGCAUGAAACAUCCUUUGCUGUAUCCUACUCUUUGUAAUACCUGACCCUAGGCAUUGGUAACUCUCUUAUUAAAAAUACUGAGAAAAGGCAGAUGCUACCCUGCAGAAGAAUGUAUAGAAAAUUUGAGGUAUAGAGGGAAGGCACGGUGUAACAUGCUUGUAGGUACUGAGACAGCCCCUGCCCCUUGCAUAUGUUGUUUUUAAUGAAAAUUAUGCUGCUGUACUUGGUGCUUUCAGACUAACAGCAGAAGUAAUUGUUCCCUGGUGCCUUUUCAUCACUAUUAUUUCCCAUUAACUUCAGAACGUGGGUAUGCAUGCUGGUGUUGGUUGUGGUAGUACUGUGUAAGAUCACUCUGAAGAAAUGGCAAGAACAUGGGAUGGAAAGAUCAAUACCAACCUUUUCUCAUGAUUUGUCCCGUUACUAUGGCAACUGUUGGUGUUAGUGUUAAGAGACAGCCUGCUGCUCACCUCUGCUUGUCCUUAUUCACUCUUGGAUCGAAACAUGUCCAAAUGCAAUUUGUUGUGUAUACACAGCUGCUUCUGUAAGAACAUGCUUCAAGAGCAUGACUGUCUGCUACAGGCCAAAACAUCCAGAAAAGAUGAAAGCUGAAUUCUAUUUCUGUUUUUCUUCAAGAGCUUGCUUGGAAGAAUUCAUAAGAAUAAUUAAAUCAACUGUACUAUUGUUGUACUUGUGUUAUGAUGCUGCCUGUCUGCUUGAGAACAAAUGCUUCACUGGAAAUCCUGAUGGCUGGAUUUUCUGCAUUAAGAUUUUAAACUUGUGCUAUUUCAAAUUGUACAAAUCUGUAAUUAGGCAUGAGCUAUUCACCUGUAUACUGUAAGAAAAAUUACAUUUUCAAAUCAGGAGUGCUUCAGUUGACUGAGUAUCAAAAUUCUUGGUGGGGCUGCAGCUUUAUAUGUGAAGGUUUCAGCCUUCAACAUAAAACCUUGUUGGCUGGGUUUUUUUCCCCCGUACAAAAAACCUGCAGUAUAUCUUUAAUAUGCAGCAGAACUCUUUAAAACUUUCUUCACAGUAGCAAUAAAGGUCUAAUGAAACUUCAUUGUCUGUUAAUGUAUAUGGCUUGCAGUGUGAAGGUGAUGGGAAAUUACUUUAAUAGCACAGGGAUUUGAUUUUUAACAUGUAAUAAAUGUGGGACAGAUUUCAGACUGA